AAAAAAAGAACUGGCCCCUUUGCCCAGUUCCCAAAAAAGAACUGGUCACUACAUCCAGUUCGCGAAAAAGAACUGCCAAGCUUGCACAGUUCUUCAAAAAGAACUGCUGGAUGUACACCGUUCUCGAAAAAGAACUGGCCACCUCACUCAGUUCUUGGAAAAUAUACAGUUCAUAGAACUGGGAUCUGUCCUAGGUCUAAUUAAAACAAUUGAUUAUAUGAGUAAAGUCGAUCUAUCUUUGACAAAAUUCCGUUAGAAAAUAUUUUCAAACUAAAUAAUAGAACUAAAAUUUUUCUGGAAAAAGGUCAUUUUAUUGAUGGAAGAGUUUAUUUAUUUUUGAUCGGAGAAUAUUAUUGUAAGCAAAAUACCAUGGCUUAGAGUCUAUGAAAAAAGAAAACAACAUGUUCUUAUUUCUUUAUUAUAUAUAUUUCAGGUAGGUUCUGCAAUUCAAUCUGGAGCUGGAAAUCGUCGAAUGAAAAAAGUGGAUGAUUGUCUUUUGCUAACAUUCUAUGAAGCUGUUCAUCUUAAUCGAAAUUUUAUCUCAGCGCUCACACAUACAGCAACAAAUACAUGGACAACAAAAGGAUCAUCUUUAUUCAACAAUGAUGCUUUACCUCCAUCAUUAUCAGCCUUAACAUCAGCAUCGAUGUCUGUUGCUCAAGAUCAAACCGAUUUUUCUAAUAUCGAUGAUUUUUCAGCAUCGAAUAAUCUUCUUUCGGUUUUUCUUGAAUAUUGUUCCAUUAUUCAACAAUUUUCAAAAAAUGAAGAUAUGUGUAAUACAACAAAAUUAUGUUAUUUAAUUCUUCUUUGUAUAACAGAAGAUGAAUUUGCAAAUGCAACAAUGCAUGAUGAAAAUGUUACAUUUAGUGUUUAUCUUCAUAAAGCUCCAAUGCGUCAUCGUAAAAGUAGUAAUGAAAAAAAUCUUCCAUCACGGCCAUUAGCUGUUGCACUUUUGGAUUUAAUGAUGGAAUUUAUUUGGAGUCAUAUGAUGCGUAAUUUUCCAUUUGAUCUUUAUACAAAAUGUAUUGGUAUUAUUCAACGUAUACUUUCAUUUCAAAAACGUACUCGAACACGUUUAUCAUAUUCAUGGAGACCAUUAUGGAAUGCAUUAAUAAGUCUUUUAAAAUUUCUUCAAAAUUGUGAAUCACAAUUAACAAAACAUCGUGAUUUAUUUCAAUUAGCUUCGAAAAUUAUUAAUAUUUUUAAUUUAUUUAUAACAUUUGGUGAUACAUUUUUAAGAACACCAGAAGCAUAUGAUGAAGUUUUUUAUGAAACAGUACGAUGUUAUCAUGUAUUCGAUAAUUUAUAUGCAUUUGCUUGUCGAUAUGCAAAUAAUGAUAAUGAAUUUAAAGAAUCAGCAUUGAAAUUAAUGGUUAAUUUAACAAAUAUUAAACUUAUAACACAUCAUUUUAAUGCAAAAAUUGAAGCUUUUUCAACUAGUCAAAAUAAUCCAUUAACAGAAAAUCAAGUACUUGAUAUUAUUCGAAAUAAUUAUGAUACUUUGGCACUUAAAUUACAUGAUGAUCUUGAUCAAUAUGAUAAUUAUUCAGAAAAAACAUCUGAAGCAUCAUUCUUUGCCAAUAUAACGCGUAACAUAAUUGGACAGUAUCGUCGACAAUAUUCAUUGGAUACAAAUAGUUCUGUACAACUUUCCAAUAUUCUUCUUAAUGAAGUACCAACCAUCAGUUAA